UGCAAUUCUCUAUUUAUUGCCUGCUCGAGUGAUUUUGAUUUUUCCCUUUUUUUUAUUUUGUCUCAACAGCCAGUUGGACUGGGAAAGAUUGCAAAGCUCAUCAACGCUGGCAAGAUAGACUCAUCAGAACUUAUAACAAUGAAGACUCUCAAGGAAACAAGUGCCAUAGGAAAGCAGAUCAAGGAUGGUGUUAGGCUGAUGGGUCGUGGUGCUGAACUCAUAAAAUGGCCAAUUCAUCUAGAAGUAUCAAGAGUGACAGCUAGAGCAAAAGCAGCAGUAGAAGCUACAGGUGGUUCUGUAAGGAGAGUUCAUUACAAUAAACUGGGAUUUCGAGCACUGCUCAAUCCGGAAUGGUUUGAAAAGAAGAGACGUUUGUUACCUAAAGCUGCGAGGCCACCACCAAAGAUCAGAGAUAAGGUUGACAGCAUUGGACGUCUGCCCGCCCCUACCAAACCAAUACCAUUCAGUCCAGAAGAAAGAGCGGCGGCCGCCGCCGCAAUGGGAGCUCCUCCACCCGCUUCUAGAGCUGCUGUUGAUUCCAUUAACUGAAGCUCUUGAGAUUAGAUGGCGGAGUUCAGUUGAUAAUGAUCCAAGAAAUUGGAACUGGCAUUUUUCAUAUUUUUGUUUUAUUUUGCUGAUCACACUAUUUCGUUCAAUCCGUUCAGUGUCUCUGAAUUUGAUUGGUAUUUCGGGAGUAUGAAGUCGUUCAUGAUAUUCAGUCUUGUGGAC